UUAGACCUUGUCCAUUAGGUGAACCACUGAGUUCUUCAUUAUGUCUGAUGGAGACUAUGAUUACCUCAUCAAGUUUUUAGCUUUGGGAGACUCUGGAGUAGGGAAGACCAGUGUACUUUACCAGUACACAGAUGGUAAAUUUAACUCCAAAUUUAUCACGACAGUGGGCAUUGAUUUCAGGGAAAAGAGAGUGGUGUACAGAGCCAAUGGACCAGAUGGAACCAUUGGCAGAGGUCAGAGAAUCCACCUGCAAUUAUGGGACACGGCAGGGCAGGAGAGGUUUCGUAGCUUGACAACAGCGUUCUUCAGAGAUGCUAUGGGGUUUCUUCUGCUUUUUGAUCUGACAAAUGAGCAAAGUUUCCUCAGUGUCAGAAACUGGAUAAGCCAGCUACAAAUGCAUGCGUAUUGUGAAAACCCAGAUAUAGUGCUUUGUGGAAAUAAGAGUGAUCUGGAAGACCAGAGAGUAGUAAAAGAGGAGGAAGCAAGAGGACUUGCAGAGAAAUAUGGAAUCCCCUACUUUGAAACUAGCGCUGCCAAUGGGACAAACAUAAGCGAAGCAAUCGAGACGCUCCUGGACCUGAUAAUGAAGCGAAUGGAACGGUGUGUAGACAAAUCCUGGAUUCCUGAAGGAGUGGUCCGAUCCAAUGGUCACACCUCCACAGAUCACUUGAAUGAAGAAAAGGAGAAGGGGAUCUGUGGCUGUUGAAGAGUCCAGUGAGCUACUCAGUAACUCAAGUGGUCCGUGUCUGUGAUCUUUCCUAUGGGUGAUAUGUGUGGCACAGAGAGAGAUGAGCUGGCAUUAUGUACAAACUGCUUCUACCGUCCCACUUAGACCUCUCCGGUUUUAAAAUUCAUUUGCUGCAGCUUUGUAAAUAUUUAAGAUUCAGCCCAAGAGUUAUGAGAAAUAUUUCACAUAGCCAAAAGUGCCUUAUAAAACCUUAACCCAUGGCAGGAGAUGGUUCAGAAUUGAGGAUUUUGUAGCCACAGAAGAGUGCAUUUAUUAUGUAGAAUGACUAAAGAUACCAUCACCUGCCUUAACAUACAUCAGUCCAGAGUCUAACACUCAAAAUCUUAGAUAAAAUUAUAAAACUACCCAUCAGUCUUUAAUCCAAAUUAAAAAACCCACUUGUACUGUGGGUGACCUUGUAAAAUGCCAUCUAAACCACUUGAAUGUUAAGUAAGAAUAUACACAAACAUCAGUUCAAUGUCCUUGAGUAUUAAUUUAUAUAAACAGUCUCUUUAAAAUGAAUAUAGCAUAAAUUAUGCUUGUAUCUGUAGACUCUGGAUAAAGUGGAUUGACCAAUUGUAUGCUCACUGAGGUUCUUGUUGGUAGGAAAGGGGUUGGGGGUGAGGUUAGGGGUAUCAUAAUGUAGUGUAAUCAACUGAAGUGGGGCUUCUAGCUCCCUGCUAUAUUCCUACUGCUCUAAAGUGUUGAUUGAAGGAUCAGGGAAUUAGAUUUUUAUGGCUGUAUUUCACUGUGAUCUGUGCGUUUAUACUUGGCCUACGUGCUGACCACAUUUGAACAUAGCUGGUGCUUAUGCUGAAGUUAUUUGUGAUAAGUAAGCAUUUAGCUUCUUUUUUUUCAUAUUUAUAAUGUUGGUCUGGCAUCCUCAGACUGCAGUUUUAAUUAGCUUGUGAACUACUAAUCUUUUGUCUUCACCAUCAUGCUUUAUAUUAUUGAUAUUUGCAACUUGUUUUAUUUUUACAUUGGUGGAAUUAAAGGAAUUAGAUUUUAAUUGCAUAAAAUGUUUGCUAUUUGGUAGAAGAAAGAUGUAUUUAAGCAGUUACAUUUAUGCUAUAACUCAAUAUAAGAAAAAUGAAGCCUUAAAUAGCCUAUAUUUUUUAUUUAGAUCACAGGCAUUUAUUAUGUAGAAUAAAUGAGUCUUUGGGUCUCAUUCACUGGGUCUUGCCAAGGUCAUGGAUUCCUCUGCAUUGCCUCAGUGUCUUUAUAUCAAAUUAAAGGUAGUUUUAAAAUAUGCUUAAUGGCAGGUGUUUAUAAAGGUCAUAGGGGACAAUUCUUCUUUAUUAAAGAAAGUGGUUUAAGUAAAUUAGAUUAAAAUUUCCAAAGAGCUUAAUGGUUAUUUAGGAAGAAUUACCAUUCAUUGUAAUUUAAACAAAGAAUAAAAAUAAAUGUAUUUUGUGGUGGCAAAUGAUUGGAAGAACUGUAAUUAGAAAUAUACAGCCAUGAUGGAAGUAAUUACUUUUACAUGGUAAUUUUCAAAUAGCUUUUUAAUUUUUUUAUGUUAUGUUAAUCACCAUACAUACAUUUUAGUUUUUGAUGUAGUGUUCCAUGAUUCAUUGAUUGCAUAUAACACCCAGUGCUCCAUCCUAUUUCUUUGCCACUUCCUUCCUACUACUCCCUUAAAAAACUUAGCUGGAUUAAUGAGAUCUUAUAUAUUUCUAUCCUUGAAAUGAAGACUUCUUGUAAAUACUAAGAAAGUCAUUGAGUCCUAUGCAUUUGGAUUGUGUAUUCCAGUAAGGAAAAGAUCCAGACAUUACAAGGGCAGGGUCCUAAUCACAAACAGUGCCUUCUGAAGUUGCCAUAGACUUCAGUUUAGCAAAUCAUAAUUUUACAGCUACGUAUCAGGCAGCACUUUAUAUGGUCUAUUAUGCAGUUAAAAAGAAGACAAUAUUUGUAUGUUUCACUUUUUUCAAGAACCAAAUAAGCAAUUAGCUACAUAUCCCAUCGGCUUUAAGCAUAAUACACAAUUAAACAUGUACAUGAUGUAGUGCACAUGCAAGAACCAUCCUUAAUUAUUGAGAUAAAUAACCUGUAUUGUCUUUGGAAAUCCUUUGUUUGAAUUUGGUAUCAAAGUAUCAUUUUUGUGCAUCAAUGUAUUUUUCUAUUUAUAAGACUGUGUAAAAGUAAAGUGUAUCCUCAGUGAACUUUGUGCCAAUUAAGCUUAUAAUUAAAAAGUGGUCUAGUCUGCCAA